UCUCGGGCCGCGAGCAACGCUUCACUUGUCGAACCUUCUGCAGAAGACUCGACCGGUCACUCACUGACCAGCCCAUCACGGACCGGCCAGCCGGUCGGCAGUGACGGUGUACUCGCCUGUCUGGGCGGUGUUCCUCGCGUCUUCAGUCGAGCCUUUCCACAAUUGCCCUCCGGUCUGUUGCCCCGACAAUCUACUCUCGGCAAAACUGGCUCUGGCAACGGUCGCGGGAGGGUGAAAUGUGAUGCCAGCCUCGAAGAGAUGACGCCUGAACCGGUGACCACAAUGUGGAUGGAUAGAGAAGUGGCCGGCGCCAGGAGACUCGCGAAUGGUCAUACAAUAUCGGGCAGAUCCGUAUGCAAUAGGACGGAAGUGAGAAACGGUAUCGCUUCCAAACUCGUCAAAGGUGGGCUGGUUGAAUAG